AUAGCCUUUGGACCCAAGAAUCGCUCGAUUGGCGCUGCAGCUAAAAGCCAGGUUAUUUCAAAUGCAAAGAAUACAGUACAAAGUUUUAAAAGAUUUCAUGGUCGUGCAUUCUCAGAUCCCUUUGUUCAAGCUGAAAAAGCAAGCCUUGCCUAUGAACUUGUCCAGCUGCCAACAGGCUCAACUGGCAUCAAGGCCAUGUAUAUGGAAGAAGAAAGAAACUUUACUAUUGAACAGGUGACAGGAAUGCUUCUUACCAAAUUAAAAGAGACUGCUGAGAAUGCGCUUAAGAAGCCUGUAGUUGACUGUGUUGUUUCUGUUCCUUGUUUCUACACAGAUGCAGAAAGGAGAUCUGUGAUGGAUGCUACACAGAUCGCUGGUCUCAACUGUCUGAGACUAAUAAAUGAAACAACUGCAGUUGCCCUUGCAUAUGGAAUCUAUAAGCAAGACCUGCCUGCCUUGGAAGAGAAGCCACGGAAUGUUGUUUUUGUGGAUAUGGGGCAUUCUGCAUAUCAAGUUUCUGUUUGUGCAUUCAACAAAGGAAAACUGAAAGUUCUUGCUACAUCAUUUGAUACAACACUUGGAGGCAGGAAGUUUGAUGAGAUGUUAGUUGAAUACUUUUGUGAAGAAUUUGGAAAGAAAUAUAAACUAGACAUAAAGUCAAAGAUUCGUGCGUUGUUGAGGCUACACCAGGAAUGUGAAAAACUGAAAAAAUUGAUGAGCGCUAAUGCCUCUGAUCUCCCGAUGAAUAUAGAAUGCUUCAUGAAUGACAUAGAUGUCUCUGGAACAAUGAACAGAAGCAAAUUUUUAGAGAUGUGUGAUGGACUCCUUGCAAGAGUAGAACUACCCCUUCGCAGUGUGCUGGAGCAAGCCAAGUUAAAGAAGGAGGAUAUUUAUGCAGUAGAGAUAGUUGGUGGUACCACAAGAAUCCCUGCUGUAAAAGAGAAGAUCAGUAAAUUUUUUGGCAAAGAAGUCAGUACAACUUUGAAUGCAGAUGAGGCUGUUGCACGAGGUUGUGCUCUGCAGUGUGCUAUUUUAUCCCCGGCUUUCAAAGUGAGAGAAUUUUCUAUCACAGAUUUGAUACCGUAUCCUAUUUCUUUACGAUGGAAUUCACCAGCAGAGGAAGGGUUAAGUGACUGUGAGGUCUUUCCGAAGAACCAUGCUGCUCCAUUUUCUAAAGUCCUCACAUUCUACAGAAAGGAACCUUUUACUCUUGAGGCAUACUACAGUUCUCCCAAGGAGCUGCCUUAUCCAGAUCCUGCUAUAGCUCACUUCUUGGUUCAGAAGGUCACUCCUCAAACAGAUGGAUCCAGUUCAAAAGUGAAAGUCAAAGUUAGAGUAAAUAUCCACGGCAUCUUCAGUGUUUCAAGUGCAUCUUUAGUGGAGGUUCAUAAAUCUGAUGAGAAUGAAGAGCCUAUGGAAACAGAUCAGCAUACAAAAGAGGAAGAGAAGAUGCAAGUAGACCAGGAAGAGCAACAAAAGACUGAAGAACAACAGCCGGCUCAACCUGAAAAUAAGGCAGAGUCUGAAGAAAUGGAGACUUCUCAGGCUGACUCAAAAGACAAGAAGGUGGAUCAGCCGCCUCAAGCCAAGAAGGCUAAAGUAAAGACGACUACAGUGGACCUUCCCAUUGAGAACCAGUUGGUGUGGCAGAUAGGGAACAUUGAGAAUGAGGGUAAAAUGAUUAUGCAGGAUAAGCUAGAGAAGGAGAGGAAUGAUGCCAAGAAUGCAGUGGAAGAAUAUGUGUAUGAUAUGAGAGAUAAACUCUGCGGUGUUUAUGAGAAAUUCGUUAGUGAAGAUGAUCGAAAUAGUUUCACACUGAAGCUGGAAGAUACAGAAAAUUGGCUUUAUGAAGAUGGUGAAGACCAACCUAAACAAAUUUACAUUGAUAAAUUGGCGGAAUUGAAGACUCUGGGUCAACCUAUUCAGGCAAGAUUUCAAGAAUCGGAGGAAAGACCAAAAGCAUUUGAGGACUUAGGGAAGCAAAUUCAACAGUACAUGAAAACUGUUCAUGCAUUCAAGGCAAAGGAUGAACAGUACGACCAUCUAGAUGAAGCAGAUAUAGCAAAAGUGGAGAAGAGUGCAAAUGAAGCUAUGGAGUGGAUGAACAAUAAACUUAAUCUUCAAAACAAGAGAAGUCUUACUUUGGACCCAGUUAUAAAAGCUAAAGACAUACAAGCUAAAACUAAAGAAUUGACAAGUAUUUGUAAUCCUAUAGUCACAAAACCAAAACCCAAAGUUGAACUCCCGAAGGAGGAGCAGAAACCAGCUGAACCGAAUGGACCAGUAGAAGGCCAGGGAGAUGCCAACAGCGGGUCCCAGGCUGCCGAACAGAGCACUGCUGCGGCUGCCCCACCAGCCAUGGAGAAGAAGCUUCCUGAAAUGGACAUUGACUGAAUUUCAGCACUUGUUUAUAUUAUUGCAAACUACAAUAAAGCUUUAAGUUGU